CGUGCGAUAAAUAAAACCGUAUUGAUACAUUUAUGGGAUCAUAGUCAUUCAGUCCGUGAUAUAUGUAAGAGGCGGUGUCAUGGUGCCCUUAAAUGUUGUGUUUUUGCUUGGAGCUUGUCUUGGUGCCUCGUUGGCUGGGAAACAUGAUAUUUACUCCAGGCACUCAGUCCACCGCGUAUCAGUAACGACUGAAAAUGAGAACACCCUGAUCCACCAGCUGGAGACGAGCCUGGAACUGGACGUGUGGGAACAUGGAGCACCCCCAGACAGGGACUACAUCAUCAGGGUCACCCCGGAACAGGAACAAGCCUUCCUGAACAUCCUGGAUGACCAUGGCAUUGCGCAUGCGCUGCGACACCCAGAUGUGGCCAGGAUGUUUGAAGAAUUCGACGAACAAAUUGCUGAAUGGAGAAAGUCUCAACUCCUAAGAAACUCCAGAAUUGUACCUUUCGAGAACUAUCCGAGUUAUGCGGAGGUAAACGAUUACUUGGAGUACAUAGCAGCUCAAUAUCCGGACCUGGCGACUUUGGUCACCGCUGGACCCAGCUACGAAGGUCGCGACGUCAAAUAUUUGAAGAUAUCGACCACAAACUUCACAGACACGUCCAAGCCCAUCUACUUCUUAGAUGCGACGAUCCACGCCCGAGAAUGGGUGACCACUCCUGUGGCUUUGUACACCAUUCACAGGCUGGUAGAGGAUCUGCGGACUGAAGACAGGGAUCUGCUGGAAGACAUCGACUGGAUUAUACUGCCCAUUGUGAAUCCUGAUGGUUUUGAGUACAGCCGCGAUUAUGAACGCCUCUGGCGAAGAACUCGGUCUUACAACGAGAGCGUCAGCGUCACUUGCUACGGAGUAGACGCAAAUAGAAACUUCGAUGUCGCCUUCAAUACGAUAGGAGUCUCUGCCAACCCUUGUGCUCAGGACUAUCCAGGAACCGAGCCGUUCUCAGAGCCAGAGACCAGAUACGUCAGGGACAUCAUGUUUGAAUAUCUGGAGAGGAUUCAGAUGUAUCUGAACAUACACAGUCAUGGAAAUUGGUUGCUGUAUGGGUUUGGUGAUACAACCUUGCCGGCUAAUAGCUUGCAGAUUUUCCACGUGGGUGCAGCGAUGGGAGCAGCCAUAGAUGCCCUCAAGUUGCCUCAAGCGCGCUACUACAGGGUCGGCAAUAGUGCGAUCCUCUUGUAUCCAACUUCUGGAAGCGCUCAGGACUAUGGCCAGCGCAUCGGCAUCCCAUUUUCCUACACCCUGGAGUUACCAGGAUACACCUACGCGUUCCAGGUGCCCCCGAGCUACAUCCAGCAGAUCAACACGGAGACCUGGGCCGGCUUAGCUGCCUCGGCCAGGCUUGCGCGCCUUUACUACCGAGCUAGAUCUUGAAAUCCGUUUUUGAAUUUCUUGUACCUUUUUAAAGUAAUUUAUAUAAAAGAUUUGUGUCACUUU